AUGACGCAAAAAUCGACUCCUGUCAUGGAAUGGGCCAUGGCCCAUCACAGCCUCGCGUUCAAUGACAGCUAUGACCCAGCAAACCAUUCACACAGCCCAAGAGGCGGUUCCAACUCGCAUCUGACGGGGCACUGGCCGCGGUCGCGAAGCCUCAGCUUGUCGCUGCCAUGGAAGAAAUCCAAGCAUUUGCUGUUUGCCCGCGACGGUUCUCGCAACCCGUCACAGCACACGGACGAUGACGCUGUUGACGACUCCCACGAUGCACCUGGGCACUUCCAUGCACAGAACAGGACCAGGAACCACCUUGCGUCGGGAAGUCUCAAGGGCAUCAUGCGCAGGGCGUCGCUGUCACUCAAGGGCAUCGUUCAUCGACGACCUUCUUUCAUCGCACCUCAUGCCAUACACGAGCGAGGCCCCUAUGAUGGGCGGCCCUCGACAUCCCAGGACCUGUGGAACUUGUCGCAACGGGCGCCCGGCAUGCGCCAUUCCCGCUCUUUCUACCAUGUAGAUACCAAGAACAAUGCACAUGCUCGGGAUUUUUCGGUCCCCGGCAUGGGCGAUGAGCCCCCAGUCAUCCCCCAGCACACUGGGGCUGCAGCCAAAGCAUCCGCAGCCUUGCAAAACGAGUUCUUUGCAAGGCAACGCUGGUUGGCUGCUUCGUCUAGCGACGACGGAAAUGACGGAGAGAGCGGGAUUGGAAUAGCCGUGACAAUUCCAGCGACCGAUGCAGAUGGUGUCGGAAAUGACAAAAGCGUCAUGGACCUAGACGCUGGCAUCAGCCGAAUCGAUUUCGUCGCAAAUCUUCCCACAGAGCUCGCCAUUCACGUACUGGCUUGCCUGGACGCAGCCGCCUUGGCCAAGGCCAGCCUCGUGUCCCGCCAAUGGUGCAAAACCAUCUCGAACCAACACAUCUGGCGUGAAUCUUGUUUGAGGGAGACAACCGGGACGUAUGCCACGAGUACAGCUGUCCAACCAAACACGGGCAUGGGCCUUCCAAACGUGCUCCCCUCCAAUGAUUGGAAGAAGGUUUACAAGGCCAAGUUGGAGCUGGACCGUCGUUGGAAAGAAGGCAAGGCUCACCCCAUCUACUUGAAUGGGCACCUGGAUAGCAUCUAUUGCCUGCAGUUUGACGAAUUCAAGAUUGUGUCUGGUUCUCGCGACAAGACGAUCCGUAUUUGGGACAUGCACACGUUGGAGUGCAGGCUAGUGAUUGGACCUCCCGAAGUGGUCAACGCUUGCAGCUUGCUGACGGACCAAGACGGAAACCCGACUCACUACGCCUCAGGUUCUGACAAUCAACAGUCUUGCUUGUCGAUACCCAGCACCGCAUCCUUUGCUGAACACCACAAAGCGUCGAUUUUAUGCCUGCAGUACGACGACGAGAUUCUUGUCACGGGAUCGUCCGACUCCACGUGCAUUGUGUAUGACGUCAAGGCUGGGUACAAACCGAUUCGGCGGCUGCGACAUCACACUGCUGCUGUGCUGGAUCUCGCCUUUGACAAGAAGCACAUUGUGACGUGCAGCAAAGACAUUAGCAUUUGUGUGUGGGAUCGGGAAACGGGCACCCUGCUUCGACAGCUCCGCGGCCACACCGGCCCCGUCAACGCGGUGCAGAUGCGCGGCAACACCAUUGUGUCGUGCUCGGGAGACUUCAAGGUAAAGCUUUGGAACAUUGACACGGGCAAGAACAUUCGCGAGUUUGUCGGGCACACCAAAGGUCUUGCUUGCUCCCAGUUCUCCGAGGACGGCAGGUUCGUGGCCUCUGCCGGCAACGACAAGGUGAUUCGCAUCUGGGACGCCAACACUGGCGAGUGCGUGCGCGAGAUGAAGGCGCACGACAACCUGGUGCGCAGCUUGCACAUUGACAGCGUCAACGGCCGGCUCGUCAGCGGCAGCUACGACAGCGACAUCAAGGUUUGGGACAUGGAGACGGGCCAUCAACUGCUCGACUUUCCGGGAUGGCACUCCAGCUGGGUUCUGAGUGCCAAGAGCGACUACCGACGCAUCGUGAGCACCGGACAGGAUCCCAAGAUCCUCAUCAUGGACUUUGGCGCCGACGUGGACGGUGUCGAGCGUUUGGAAAGCCAAGAGGGUUGCUGA